UAUGUUUUAGCUGUUAUGGUAUUGGUCAUAGUUUACGUGAAUGGGCUCUUUGUUUACGAAUUAUUUUGGUACUUAUUACCUUGAUGAUGGCAAUGUCGGUACCAUAUUUAAUUGAAUUAAUGGGACUAGUUGGUAAUAUUACUGGAACAAUGCUAAGUUUCAUUUGGCCAGCUAUGUUUCAUUUGAAAUUAAAAGGAGCAAAUGCAAAAGAAAGUGAUCGAAAAUUUGAUCAAUUUAUUAUUGGUAUUGGUAUUUGCUUAAUGACAAUUGGAUUAUACUUUUCUGCACUUGAAUUAAUACAAGCAAUUCGUUAUGAGGAACGAUAG